AAGUGUGUCGUCAGGAGGAAGCUAUGGCGGUCGACUCUUCGACAGAGCUGCUUUUUCUUGAAACGUUUAAGCAUCAAAGUGCAGAGUUAACCAACGUGGACGUGGUGCGGUUUCCUUGCGGGGUCCUGGUCACAGAGGUGCGGGUGAUUCCUCCAGGAAUCAAAGCUCACAGCAACAUCCCUGACAGCAGAGCGUUCGGGGAGACGUCCCCUCAUGCCUUUCAGUUGGAGCUGUUCUUCAAUAAUGUCACCAAACCCAACAACCCCACCUUCCACAGACUGGGCAGUUUGGAAUAUGAUGAGAACAAGUCCAUUGUGUUCAGACCCAGUGGAAAGAUUAACACGGAUGGCCUGGUCCUGCGUGGGUGGUAUACGAGUCUGACUGUAGCAGUGUAUGGGACUGCAGAGCGCCCUCAUGGACAUGACCAAGCUUCACCUCCUCCUCCCCCACCGCCACCACCACAACAACCCAGUGGGCUAAAGAGGAUUAUCAAACAAGACUGGGAAAAGGAAGACCAGUACAAUGGCAGUCCUCCCAGACCAGCACCCAGAGGGCCUCGUACUCCGCCUGGACCUCCACCGCCAGAUGAUGAUGAGGAGGAGCCGGUCCCAAUGACGGUGGGCGUGGUGAAAGAUGAGCCAAGUGAAGGCCGUGACGACUACCUGGAAGCCGUGUCACCAGAAAGAUCAUUGCCUGCCGAAGAAACGUACUCAGAUGCUGAACAGGAGGAAGAGGGUGAUGAGGAGGAAGAAGAGGAGGAGCCAGAGGAGGAAGAUGAUGCACGGACAGAGGGAAGUGCACAAGAAGAGGAGGAAGAUGAAGAGGAGGAAGAAGAUGAGGGUGAUGACGGUUAUGAGCAGAUUUCCAGUGAUGAGGAUGAUCUGGACAAUGGAAGCUUCAAGCUGCCCAGUUUUGACAUGGACUACACUCCUGAGGAUCUUGCCUCUGUCCCACCGGUCCAGUAUGAUCCCUAUGAACGAGAACUAAGACCCCUGGUGUUCUUCACCCCCCCAUACAAGACUCGCUUUGACACCCAGUUUGAGAAAGCCGGCGCAGAAGAACCCAGAGAUGCUGGUGAAGCGGAAGGAUCUGCGGGUGUGGAGGAAACUGAGGCCAUUGUUCACCUUAAAGAACUACUAGCUGACAUUGGUGAUGACAGAGAUGCCCGCUGGGUCACUGCUCUAGAAGAGGCACCUGGACUACUGGCAAAAGGCUUGGCGUAUUGCAUUAAACAAGGACAGGGAGAAAUGGACGACCCUGUUAAAAUUUUAGUUAAGUGGGCUCUUCAGGCCUUGAAUAUGGAGAUUGCUCUCACACAACCCAUUGCACUUAACCUCAGGCAACUAAAGGCUGGGACAAAGUUAGCAUCAUAUCUAGCAGAGUGUCCACAGGGCCUCUCAGUGCUGCUGCGUGAAGGGGCCCUGAACGUGCUGCUUGAACUGCUGACUGCAGACCACGUUUCCUCCACUCUGAAGCUGAGUAUCCUCAGAGCUUUGGAUGCUCUCAUCAGUGCUCCUGGAGGGGUGGCAGCUUUCUUGCAUAAGGGGGAUCCAGAGAAGAGCGGCUAUCAGCGUCUUGUCCAGCUGUUCCUGUGUGAAGAAACCGUCCGGGUCAUAACGGCCGGCAACGCAAUAUUGCAGAAGAGCCAUGUGUACGAGGUUCUCGUGGAUCUACAACAUGCAGCUGCAGCCUUGAGUGAACACCAGCAUGAGGAGACAGACGAUGGUGAGAGCCCUAUGGAAGAGGAAACAUCCUCCCCUGUGACUGAGGCUGAGCUUGACAGGCUGGCAGGGGUUUUUGAAGAGCUCCAUCAUCUGCUGGAGACUGCCCCUCAUUGCAUGGUACAGCCUCCUGCCAAAGCUUUCCCCACUUCAGCAAGAGUAACAGGGCCUCAAGAGAGGGACAACCCAUAUCCAACACUUUAUAGGUAUAUGCAUGAAUGCCAUCUCCUGGAAAGCACAACGGUGGUGUUGUCGGCAGCUACUGCAGCAGGCCACCUUGGUGUAACCCAAGCCAUUAAAGACCUCCUACGCUUCCUGUCACUCACCCAGUCGGGUCUACUAUUCCUUCUUGCCCAGCCCACAGCCAGCAAUUUACUAUUGCGUCUCUUGGCAUCGGUGGCAGAAACUGAAGGAGAAGAUAGCACACACACAGGAGGAGAUUGGGGUGUCACAGGACCCGGUUUCGGGGAAGAAGGCUUUUGCAUGUGGCUGAUGCAGGCGCUGCAUGCUCUGCAGGGUGUGUCAGAACUUAUGAGCCACGUGGCCCCAUUGGCAGAAGGCAGUACAGGGCUUGAGGAAGGUGACAAUUCUGAAGUUCUGGGCAUGCUCAAUGCACUUUACCUGAUGACCUUCACACAAACUGGUCGCAGUGCUGUGGCUCAUGUUUUCAGCCUGGAGAACAACCUGUCCUGUCUGGUCACCCUGCUCCAACACCACGGCAAGGAUGGGCAAGGUGAGGCCAAAGCUCGCAAAGCAGUGACGUAUAACUAUGCCUGUAUGCUGGUCUUAAUGGUGGUACAGACUUCAAAUGAGCUGCGGAUGAUGGAGCAAUAUGCUGCUCUGUUGCUCCCUAUAGCCAAGGCAGAUGACACUAAUGCUAAGUUGCAAGAGCUCAGUAAAUGGCUGGAGCCUCUGGAUAAACUUCGCUUUGAGAUUGGCAGCAUUCCUACCCUCAUCAACUACGUCAAGCAGAAUGUGGAAAAUGUGCUUAAUGCUGAGGGAACUGGACUGGUCGCUGCCCUGAGGGUCCUCUGUCACAUUGCAUGUCCUCCAUCUCCAGUAGAAGGUCAACAGAGAGACCUCAAGUGGAGUCUUUCAGGUGUCCAGUUGUUUUCUGGAGAGGGUCUGGAUACGUGUGUGCGUGUUCUGCAGAAGCUGUGCAGUGUGUUACUGCAGCCAUGGCGUUUGCACGGACACAUGGGCCCGACGCCACAGCGCUGCAUGAUCCUCAGUAUAUGCAUCAACACACUCAGGCUGCUGCGCACCAUGCUGACAGAGCUCCUCGGCGGGGGGGCUUUUCAGUUCAGGGACACACGCGUUGCCAACGUGUUGGUCACACUCCACAUGAUCGUUUGCUCCAUCCCUGCAUCUGGACGUCUGGAUGGCGAGGAGACCAGAGUGCAGGCGCUCAUCGUUGACGUGCUGCUCACAUUCACACAGGGUGUCAGUGAAGAGGUAACACACACUGAAGAGACUCUGGCCAGUAACACGUGGUCUCUGAUGCUUAAAGAAGUUUUGGGUUCCUUGCUGAAAGCUCCUGAAGGUCUGUUCUCCGGCCUGACGCUGCUGUCUGAGCUUCUGCCUCUUCCACUGCCGAUGCAGAGCACUCAAGUGAUAUCAGUUCAAGAUGUGGCUAUAGCCUUAAACACACGGAAGCUGUGGAGCAUGCACAUACGAGCACAGUGGAAAUCGCUUUCUGAAGUAUUGAAGUGUGUGUGCGGCACCAGCUGCGCUCCACUUUUGACCAUGUUGAGGAGAGUGUGCGUCCAGCUGGCAGACCUUUCUUCACCCACUGCAACACUCAUCAUGAAGGCCCUGCUGGAGCAGUUGCUGGAGGAGCUGCAGCUGGCCGAAGGGAAAAGUGUUUGCUGGGGCCAAGUCCUGCGCCUGCUUUCUUUGAUGGACACUCUGGUGUCACAGAGGGCUUGUAAGAGCGCAACACUCCACUUGCUGUCUGGCUCCGUCUCUGGAGAUGAGCAGCUGGUAGAUCUGUUCCCAUUGCUUUUGUCACUGUUGGUUCCCCCGACGGAUCAUUCCUUACAACAGCAGCAAUGCAGCGUUCUAAUAGGGACGAUAUUACAGUCACUGUGUGACCAGGAUAUAUCGCUCGUGGUGUCUCCACCUGGAGAAAGCUGUGCAUCAGAGGCUGAGCAGCUGGCCAAUGCCCUUCCAGGACGAGAGAUGAUGUCGUCAGUGUGCACUUCCCUAUUGGAAGUUUUAGGCAACAAAGAGAGCAGCGUUCCACUCCUCCUCACUUGCAUCAGGACUUUAACAUUUCUCACAGAGCAUAACUAUGGACUCUACCACCUAAAAGUUGCUUUGAAGAAACAUGGUGUGGGACUCUGCUCACUUCUUAAACGGCUUGUGGUUUCCUUCACCAAGGACUCUGCAGAUCUGCUCUCAGCUCUGCUUGACUUUCUCAGGCAGAUCGUCAACACAGAAACAAUGUGUAUUGAUGAGGUCCAGGGCUCCAGCGAGGAACCCGUCUUUGUUCCUCCACGAUUACUGUCGGGCUCUGAGAUGAAAGCUCUGCUGCAGUGGGAGGAGACCGAGUCGCAUCCGUUACCUGCUUUAGAGAAACUUAUAACGAAACUAUAUAAAGAAGAUGAUUCAAUGGAAACCAUGUUGGACAAUGUGAUCAUUCUGAGGCAGACCUUGGAAGCGGCGGGUGACACAACUCCUGCAGCUGAAACGGAGCCCAGUCUGCCUGCGCCCGAAGCACUGGGAGCUCUAUUUAAUCACAGGACGGUGUUCAUUCUGUCAGAAGCGCUGGAUGAGCAGCUGAAAGCUCUGUGGUUCUCUCCCUUCCAAACAGAUGAGAUAGAAACAGACCUCGAUUUGGUGAAGGUGGAUCUGGUGGGUUUGGCUCAGGAGUGCUGUCCAGACCUGGACCUAAAGGCCGACUUGGAGCGUUCCUUCCUAUCGGAGCCUUCCUCUCCUGGUCACAACAAGGCCCCCAAAGGUUUCCGGCUGGGCAAACACAAACAUGAGACGUUCAUUACAUCAAGUGGUAAAGCUGACUACACUGAACCUGCUAAGAGAGCCCACUUCAUGCCUGCUCCUCGUGGUGGUCGAGGUCGAGGAGGGUUUGGGCAGAACGUCUCACGUCCCCAUGAUAUUUUCCGUCUGCGCAAACAGAACACUUCCCGUCCUCCCAGCAUGCAUGUGGACGAUUUUGUGGCAGCAGAAUUUAAAGACAUCACUACUCCUCUUGGACUAUUGCCCAACAAACGCCCCCAAAAGAGCAUCCCCAAGCCCCCCACCAGAGGACUGUUCACUGGAAACAGAGGCAGAGCUACCUUCCACAGCCAGACUCGCUUUUUCACUCCGCCACAACCUAAAGGUGUUCUGUUAGGUAACUACGCUCGGAGAGAGGGAGGCCGUGGUUCGUCAUGGAGCGGACAAGUUCCAGCCAUCACUCACAGAGGAACCUACAGUGAACCCCGUGGAGGCCAGAGCAACUUCACGAGAGGGCCCCUGUCCUCCCGACAACCCCCUGCAAGUGCUUAUCGGCUGGCUAUUCGGGAUCGAGCUCCACGAGGCAGAGGAGGCGCUGGGCUGUCCUGGCUUAGUGGGGGAGGUGCCAGCGGCACCGGAGGAGGCGGCGGCGGAGGGGGAAGAGGAUCUCAGGGGAGUAAAUUCAGCGGAGGGGGAGGGAGCGGAGGUGGAAGAGGCAGACAUGUGCGCUCUUUCACCAGGUAAAUUCACCUGGGCAAUGACUGAGGCCUCCCAUGACUUAAAGCGGACCAAUCAGGAUGUUAUGUACGCUGUGUCCAUGGAAACGUGGUAUUAUGUUGUUACAGUGACUGUUAAUGCUUAAUGUUUGCUUAUAAGUUGUAUUUCGAGAAUAAAAGUGUUUUUGAGUGUGUUUUUGUAAAAAAAAGAUUCAAAUUAAGUAAUUGUGAAGAUGUGAAAACACUGAACACUUCAUUAAAAACUGAGCAUGUAA